AUGGACAAAGGGUCUUUGGCGGCACUUGUACAGGAGAAGACCGCUGACAUGGAUACUUCUGGAUCUCUGCAAGCAAACACCACCUGUUGCCUCGAAGAAAGACAGCGAUACCGGGUCAUCAACACCUUAAGUUCAAUGGCAGGCGGCGGCAAGAAGGUCUUCAUACCCUACCGAAACUCAAAGCUGACCCGCGUCCUGCAGGAGUCCCUGGGAGGGAACGCGCUGACCACCAUGAUGGCCGCCAUCUCGCCCUCGAAGACAAACUGUGAGGAGACGCUUUCCACGCUGAACUACGCUGCCCGUGCAAAGUUUAUCAAGCUGAAUGCGUCCAAGAAUGAGGAGGCGGAGCAUCUGUCGAAGCUUGAAGAGGAGGUCGAGAUGCUGCGCGCGAAGUUGGCUGAAGCCGAGCAGGCGAAGAUUCACAUCGACACUUCUCGCUACACAGACCAGAUCGAGGAGAUGGAACGCUUCAUGAAGCAGACGUGGGAGGAUAAGGAGCGUGACACGCAGAAGCACGAGGAGCAGCGGCGAGCUUUAGAAUUGGAGGCGCAGAAGAUUCGGGAGCGCGCCAAUGCCGAACAGCGGCGGCGGCUGAAGCUACUGGAGGACAACUGCGAUCUGGAGCUGACGCUGCAGGAGCUGAUGAGCGUCGAAGGUGGCGAAGCUUUCAACACUUGGCCGGCACAGAUCGCCGCGGUGCUGGAGAAGGAGCAGCGGGUGGCUGCGCAAUGUCGCGCUGUCGCUGUGUGCAAGGAUGCCGCGAUGCACGAUGUGGACACGUGGAUGGAGCGCAUGGGCAAAGGAGACGAGGAAGACAGUGCCGGUGACAGGAUGCUUUUGCACCAAGCUGAGCGCAAGGCAGCCGCUUCUGGCAUGCGCACCAACCUGGACAUGGACCGGUCGACGGACCGACCAGAGCACUUCUCUCAUGCUGAGGGUGUGCAAGAUCAACAAAGAAGAACCGCGUGGUGGCGCUACCGCUGCUGCGGGUGCCACAAGAACGCCGGUGUGCACCGGCAGUUCAUCCCCGGACAUUGGAGCCCUUUGCACCUCCGGCUCAGCGAUCAAGACUCUGCGAGAGCUUGA